UGUUAAAAAUAAGUAUAAUUUAUGUACAUAUGUAGUUUACCUAGUAGUGAUACACGAGACUUCAAUAAGAGCGUUUAGAUUUCGUAAAUUUAAAAAUAUAUUUAAAUAGUUUUACACUAGUUUAUCAGAUUUUAUAAACUGUAAAUUUGUCUAAAGAAGUGAUCGAAUAUUAUUAUCACUACCUUUAAAUCAUUUUCAAAUAACAAUUUCAAUAUGGCGGCCGAACACGGCACGGAUAAGCAAUAUGCAAUAAAUUUCAAAACUUCGUUAAGACCGCAAGUAAUUUUAUUAUUUAGCGGUAAAAGAAAAUCUGGGAAGGAUUUCAUUACAAAUGCAUUGCAUGAAAAAAUUGGUUCUGCCAGUAGUGUUAUUAUAAGGUUGUCAGGACCGAUCAAAUCUCAUUGGGCUAAAUCAUUGGAUCUCGAUAUUAAUCAACUGUUAGGAGAUGGAAAAUAUAAAGAAUCUUACCGUCUUGAAAUGGUUAAAUGGGGAGAAAAUAUGAGAAAAAAAGAUAACGGAUAUUUUUGCCGUGCAGCUUUGGACAUGUAUAACGCAUACAGCAAACCAUUAUGGAUAGUAAGUGAUAUACGAAGAAAAACUGACAUACAAUGGUUCAAACAAAAUUUUGAAGGUAUAUGUAAAACAAUUCGCAUUGUUUCUGAUAAUUUAAUUAGAGAGAAGCGUGGUUGGGCUUUUAUUCCAGGUAUUGAUGAUUCAGAAACUGAAUGUGAUUUAGAUGAUAUAAAAUCAUGGGACUUGGAAGUAACUAAUAACGAUGACAAUAUAGAGUAUAUAUUGCAGCAGAUACUAAGAUUAAUUAAUUAGCAAUAAUAAAC